AUGUCCUUCUUCAGAGUUUUCACACGGCGCGCCGCGCUCGCCCGGAAAUCCACACAACCAAACACAGUCAGUCGACGGACAAUGAUGCCAGCCCCGGCCCCGAACGCGGGACCGGUAAUGGAACGACGUGCGAACCGCGAGCUACCAAACCCAAAGCCAGGCCGAAAGUGGCUUCUCACAUUCCCAAUUUUUGCUCUCGCAACAGGCGCAGGCAUGCUUGGAAUCUUCAAUUACCAGAAGUCGUCGUCGAGCAUCGUGAGCAGCACCCUUUAUGCGUUGCGGACGUCGCCGCGGGCUCGCGAGAUCUUGGGCGAUGAGAUCUACUUUGCGCAGCAGAUUCCGUGGAUCAGUGGCGAGAUGAAUCAAUUGCAUGGUCGCAUUGAUAUCUCGUUUUGGGUCAAGGGGACGAAGUCUCAGGGCAAGAUGAGGUUCCGAAGCAUUCGGCCGGAUCGUAUGAGCUAUUUCCGCACUGAGGAAUGGAGUCUGGAGAAGGAGGAUGGAACGGUGGUUCAAUUGCUCGAUGGUGAUAUCGAUCCCUUCAGGAAGAACUGA